CCCAGCCUUGCUCUGCUUGCACCUCUGUGUGUCUCCAGGAAGGCUGUGGGGAGGAGUGUGUUGCAGUGCGGGUGAAUGAUGAGCACUGCUCCCCCACCUUGGCUGAAGAUGUUAUCUUGCAGGACACCAUCCAGCUGUUCAGAUACGAGCUGCCUUUGGUAAAUCUGUGCUGCUUUUCCCAAUCCCCUGCUUUGUUUGGCUGUUAGUGGUUUCCAGGAGGACUCGCUCUGUUGCUUUCCUGGGGUCUGAAGGGUGAUGUGGUGGGGACUGAGACCCGGGGGAUCCGGAGGAGCUCUGCACCCUCCAUGGAACAGCAGGGUGCUGCCUCGAUGGGGCAAAGCACAGAACCCGGACCUGAGCAGUGUGAGGCAGCUGCAGAGCCACAACUGCUGCCCUAUGGCUCCAGCACAGCUGCUGCUCAGUGCCAACUGGUGCUGUGCCAACUGUCUUUUGUUUGAAGAUGUUGAGGCACGUCAGGUUGGUAUUUCUUGGCUGUAGGAACGGCAUUUAAAUGUUGCCUCUUUUCAUCUACAAAAUUCCCAGGCCAGGAAGUCGGGAAUGUUAUUGAGCUGUCUCUCAGCAUGAAGCACCUUAAUGCAGAACAUUGGGCGCCCUGCUGCCUUGCAAGGAGUUCUUUGCAAGGGAGUGAGGAACUCAUGCAGGAAUAAAGAACAUCCCCGGUAGAAAUGCUGCACGCUGCCUAAGCUUCAAAAUAACCAAUGACCAAAAACCACCUUAACCCUCAGAGUAAUGCCAGGAAAUAGUGAAAUAUAGGAACAUAGGAAAAAUAGGAAAUAGUGCUUCGGAGAGCAGACCCACCAGUCUGCACCUACUGGUUUGCAUGGAUAUCGUAGCAAUAACAACUGAUCCCAUACACCAGCGCUGAGAGUGGUGGAAUGUCAGCAGUGUGUCUCUACACAGCACUCUGCAACCUGCCUCCUAACACAGUACUGCUGUAUUUUGCAAUCAUAGACAGUGUUAAGUAGUAUGAUUGUCCGAAUUGGUUGGUAUCGCAGUUCAUCCUUUGUGACCCUGACAUAAGCAUGGAAACAGAGCCAUCAGGGUGAGUCUGCACUAUGCUGACAGCCCAUGCCUGAUGUCUGUGCUCUCGUUAUCCAGUUGGUUGUUGUGGGUCAGACAAAUUGAGUAGGAAAUAAGAAUCAAUUCUGCACAUGAAGUGCACAUUACUGAUGAGUAGAAACAAAAAGGUCUUGGGAGAAUGUUUCUCUGAUCGAAGGAAUUUUAGGGAGUUAAGAAAAUGCAAUUUAGUAGUUAGAUAAAGCAUGUAGUUAUUUUGCAGCAGAACAAACCAUGGUAAAAGUGAGUGGUGUGGCAUCUUGACCUGAAAGAAAGCACUGCUCCUGGCAGUGCUAAAUGCUGAGUAUUGGUGUGCCAGUCCAUGUAAACAGUUAUAGCUGCAAAGUACCUGCACCAAAGCGCAGAGCAGCACAUCACUACCAUGAAGCUGUCACGGGAUACUUCUAACACCUGAGAUUAUCAAACAGAGCUUCAGCAUCUUUGCAGAGGUUGGGAGGCGUCUGUGGACCGCGUGGAUGGAUGGAGAUCCCUCUGUAGCAGCAGCAGGGCGAUGCCCCAGAGCUGCUGCAAGUGCUUAGUGGAGAGCACUGGUGGCACAGCCGGAGCAAUCGAGUGCUCCCCUCACUGCCACCGAGCUGUGAAAUCGGACGUGACCUAUUGAGUGAUCCUCAGACCGAAAUUAAAAGGUAUCGAUGGGCUCUCCAGAGCUGCUGUAGAGGAAGUGCAUACAUCCUACGCAGGACACUUGUACCGGCGAUGCACUUUAGCAGGGCACUGAUCAGAGGAACCUAAAGGAGUGCUCAGUGCCACAUCUCGGCCUCGCAUUGGGCUGCUAUGGACCCGGCCAUCCCUGCCACAUCUCUGCCUAUGCUGGGAAGCUCCGACACAGCGGAUGUACCUCCUUCCUUCGGAGGGUGCAGCAGAGGUGAAAGGGAACAUAAUGGGAAGGAAGCUCAAGCUGUGGAUUCUUCAUUGCUAGCUUUUCUUUAAAUGUGUUCCCUCCCCCCCUCCUCCUCCCCACCAUAAAUAUUAAUUUGGUCACAGUUAAAUUGUGCUCGGAGCUGUAGCAGACGGACCAACACAUUGAUUUUCUCCUCCCUCCAUCCCCAGCAAAUAUAAAUUCAAGUGUGCAGAGCCUGCACUCCACCAAUUGCUCCGGAGGUGACAUAAACUGCUCAUAGUGUGAAAUCCAUGCACACGGAUGGAAGAUGUCAGGGGUUGUCACUGGAUACCAUAGAGCUUAAUGUCACACAUUUUCUGUAAAGAAAGUGUUACGAUGGCACAAUAAGCAUGGGAGACUGGAAUUUCCUCGGGGGCAUUCUGGAGGAGGUCCACAUUCACUCCACUAUUAUUGGCAAGAUUUGGCUAACCAUCCUCUUCGUCUUCCGAAUGCUCGUCCUUGGAGUGGCCACUGAGGACGUCUGGAAUGAUGAACAGUCAGAAUUUAUUUGCAAUACUGAGCAACCUGGCUGUAGGAACGUGUGCUAUGAUGAGGCCUUUCCCAUCUCUCUCAUAAGAUACUGGGUCUUGCAAGUUAUCUUUGUGUCUUCUCCUUCUUUGGUGUAUAUGGGUCAUGCCUUAUACAGACUAAGAGCCUUAGAGAAAGAGAGACAGAAGAAGAAAGCUCAGGUGAGAGUGGAACUUGAAAGCACUGAAUUAGAAAUGACCGAAUAUCGGAAAAGGCUGGAGAGGGAACUUCGGCAGCUGGACCAAAGGAAGCUGAACAAAGCACCCCUGCGAGGUUCACUGCUCUGCACUUACGUGAUACACAUUUUCACGAGGUCUGCAGUGGAGGUCGGUUUCAUGAUUGGGCAGUAUCUGCUUUACGGCUUUCGCCUGGAUCCCCUUUAUAAAUGUCAGAGAGAUCCAUGCCCAAACGUGGUCGACUGCUUUGUAUCACGGCCAACAGAAAAGACAGUGUUCAUCCUAUUCAUGCAGUCAAUAGCGACUGUAUCACUGCUUUUAAACGUCUUAGAGAUCAUCCACCUCGGGUUCCGAAAAAUUAAAAUAGGUCUCUGUGGGCAGGAGGACAACAAGGAUGACCGUGGCAACUUCUACACAAACAAAUCCAAGAAGUACUCUGUGAUACCCCGCUCCUCUUUGGGAAUAUCUGCAACUCCUCAAAAGACUCUCCCUUCUGUACUUAGCGGUUAUGCCUUCUUAAUGGAGAAGCAAACCGACACUGCCAUCUACCCAGUCUUAAAUUCUGCUCCCGUGUUCCAGCCUGUUCAAAAUAACCACACAGAAAAUAGGGGCAAUUACACCCAUCACCAUCAGGAAAACAAACUGCCGAAGAAAAGGCCAGCUACAAACGCUGUAGCUGGUCAGACUCAGAAUGCUGGCAUAAACUGCAGUGAGGGCUUGCUGGGCAGGCCUGGGACUGAAAGGAGGAGUUCCCAGAAAGAAGCUGAUCAGAAACACUUCCUCGCUGGCGCUCAGAAUGCAGAUACAGCUCCAAGAAGCUUUGCCGAGAUGCUGUCGCAGCCCCCUCUGCAGCCUUUUCCUGUCGCCAGCCUCAGAAGACAGCACGGAGUCGUCUCCUCCUGGAACUGCUCCGCAGCGGCCGAGAGCGUCGGGUCCUCCACAAACUCCCUCACGAAGAGCAGCAGCAGGAGGCGGAGCAGCCUUAGCACGAGCCAAGGCCAACUGCCCCCCAAAGCCGACAGCCGGCACCCCAGCCGCCCCGACACCCCCGACUCGGCAGGGGAGGCCAGCACUGGCUCCAAGCAGAGCCGAGGCUGUGGCAGCCCCCAACCACUGCCCCUAUCCGGACGUCUGUCACUGUCGAGCAGUGCGAGCAGCCGGCGGGCCCCCACCGACCUGCAGAUAUAGCAUGGCUGCCCAAGCAGUGUGCUUGGCUACCUGCUGGGCUUUGUGAUAGAAGCAAGAGCAGCUAGGAGCAGCUUCCUCGUUCAGCUUUAACCAGCUCUUCCGCAGAGGAUGAGAUAGAAGUUGUGCAGCCCUUUGCUUUUAGCUAAGUGACUUCUGAACCAUCUGCUUGCUUCACUGGCAACGGAGGGGUGGCUUAAACCCCCGUGCCAAGCUUCUGCAUUAACCUUUCAGCUAAAAAGGAAAGCGUACAUCAUAUAAACCCACACACAAAUCCACACGUGAGGAGAAGUCAGGAUUAAAGUUACGGCUGGUAAUACAUAAGCCGGAUAAAAGUAGAAAAUUCCAGUCUAAAAACGUAUUUUAUGAAGACCAGUAAAUGAAAUGAGGUGAAAGAAGGCACCGGGACACCUGAGAGAAAAUAAUUAACAAUAGAUACCAUUCUUAGAACCAGGAUAACAGAACGGGAACCAGGAAACCACAGCGGUGCUUUUGCUUGCAGCCAUUUGGCCGCAUCCACAUCAACUGUUGGCAUCAUUAAAAUCAUUCCCUGCAGGUGUUCCUCCAGCA